AUAAAAUAGUAAAAUUGACAAAAUUGUAGAAUGUAGAUCUUCUAGGAUUAGGAGGUAAUCCAUAUUAUUCUGCUUGAAAAUACAAAAAAUAUAAAAGGUUUGAUAUCGAGUGACAAUUGCAAAAACUUUCAAAACCAUGUUUAAACGAGCUUGUGGUUCUAUUAUAUCUGGUGUCCGCCUUAUGCGGUUACAAGUAGAGAAUGUUUCAAGUAAAACUACAGGAUCUAAUUUAUUUAGUUCUUUAAAUAUGAACUUAAGCAAUUUUGAAACAAAUCGGUYCUAUUCUUCCUUUUUAUCCUUCAAUUUGAAAUUAGAAGGGAUUAUGACCAAGAAUACACCUAUUGCUCAAUCUAGUAUCAUGUUUGAUUUCAACCUUCAACAAAAGAGAAAUCUAACAAAGUUCUCAUUGCAAAAAGGCAAAAGGAAAACUGUUAAAACAGUUGUUGAUCGAUUUUAUCGCUUGGGAUGGGGUAUAUGGAUUAGAACUAAAUGUGGACGACAAAAGAAGUUGUGGAAAAAACCAGCUGCUAGAAAACGAAGAUUGAGACAACACGUGUUUUGUAAUGCCAAACAGUCUACGCUUUUAGAUAAAAUGACUACAAAAUAUUGGAAGAAAAGGAGGUUUUAUCCAGAUGAUCCAUAUGAACCAUAUCACGAUAGAGAAGAGUAUCCAUUUACCAGAAAAAUUCCAAUAUCUUAAUGUAAAACAGUUGUAAUAUCUUUAAAGUGUUUGUAAGAAAUAGAUAAUUAACAUGCACUUAUAGUAUUUUA